AUGGGUUGGGACCAGCUGGGUAUCGAUGACGCCCAUCUGGCGUACGCCAUCAUCGGAACCUUCACCAUGAUCUUCUCGGUGGUGUCGCUGUUCGUCAAGGAAAAGCUCUACAUUGGUGAAGCGACCGUUGCCACCCUCUGUGGUCUCAUUGUCGGCCCCCAUUGUCUCAAAUGGUUCACUCCUGACACUUGGGGAAACACCGACUACAUCACCCUAGAACUCAGUAGAGUCUGUCUGGUCAUCCAGAUCUUCGCCGUCGCUGUCGAGUUGCCCAAAAAGUACAUUUGGAAACACGCACUGUCGGUCUUCUAUUUAUUGUUCCCCAUCAUGGCCUUUGGAUGGCUCAUUUCGUCGCUCUUCAUCUGGGCGCUCAUCAAGGACCUGCGGUGGAAGGAGGGUCUCGUCAUGGCCGCUUGUAUUACUGCCACCGACCCCGUUCUGGCCUCUGCCGUUGUCGGUAAGGGACGCUUCUCUCAGCGACUGCCUACCCAUUUGCGAAACCUGCUCUCUGCCGAAUCCGGAUGUAACGACGGUAUGGCCUUCCCCUUCACCUUCAUCUCCCUCAACCUGAUUCUGCAUUACGGUAACGCUGGCGAAAUUUGCAAGGAGUUCUUUGUCAUCACCGUUCUCUACGAGUGUAUGACUGGUAUCUGUCUCGGUAUUGUAAUUGGAUGGGGAGGACGAAUCCUGAUCAAGUUUGCCGAGAGCCGCAAUCUCAUUGACCGAGAGUCAUUUCUGGCCUUUUAUCUGGUCCUGGCUCUCAUGUGCGCUGGUUUCGGUACGAUUAUCGGUGUCGAUGAUCUCCUGGCAGCUUUUGCUGCUGGCACAGCCUUCUCCUGGGACGGCUGGUUCGCCAAGGAGACUGAGGAGAGUCACGUUUCCAACGUCAUUGAUCUGUUGCUCAACACAUCCUUCUUCGUCUACUUUGGCUCUGUUGUGCCGUGGGCAGACUUCAACAACAAGGAAAUCGGCCUCGAUGUCUGGCGACUCGUUGUGAUUGCUGUUCUGAUUCUGCUUUUCCGACGAAUUCCUGCAAUGCUUAUUCUCUCACCACUGGUGCCCGAUAUUCGAAACUGGCGUGAGGCUCUCUUCUGUGGCCAUUUCGGUCCCAUUGGCGUCGGUGCGGUUUACAUGAGUUUGAUUGCCCGAGCCGAGCUUGAAUCUGGAACCCCCUCGCCUCGCCGAAAAGAGGACUGGCCAAAAGAAGGACAACCAAACUGGCUAGCGGUGCAAACUAUCUGGCCAGUAUGUACGUUUCUCAUCAUUUCAUCCAUUGUGGUCCAUGGUUCGUCUCUCUUUGUUUUCUUCCUCGGUAAGCAUGUGUCAAACCUGUCCAUCACCAUCAACUCCACCACCACUGCUGGCGAUGAAAGUCACAUGUGGAUCUCGCGUCUUCCCGGUAUUGGCGACAAUGGCCGAACGAUUUCCAUCUCUCGAGUUGACACCAGGGAGCCCGGUAUGAUUACCUUUGGAGAAAAGAAGAGGCUGGCCAAGCAACGAGAGCGAGAGGCUCAGACGGAGAAGCAUGGCGAUGAGGCCAACAUUUCGUCCGAGUCUACCGCCAAGCAGCGAAAGCCCCGACGACGAAUGUCCAAGGAUCCUCCCGUCAACCAGCCUCUUUCUCUUGGCCAGGGACGGGGACGAGAGCAUAUCGACACGUUUGUGGAGGGCGAUCACGUUAUUCAAGAAAAUGAUGACGGUGAUAUCGUCGCCGAGUACGAUCAGGAGAAGGCUGGAAGCAGUUCUGGCACAGACGGCGACGACCAGAGUCCCCAUAUCACCGACCGAAGACAUUCGCAUCCCCAUAACGUGGCGGCUGGUGGACACCACCAUCUGCACCACGAGAGGGUCAAGGCCGUGGCUUACAAGAUUGACGACGAACUGAUUGUCGAGAACGAGGAUGGUGAUAUUCUGAAGCGGUACAAGAUCCGACAGAAGGGCCACGGACCUGACUCACCCAACGAGGAGUUUGUCACUCCCAAGCACGAGGGCGGUGUCACCAAGUUCUUCGACAGAAUCUUCCACAAGAACUUCCAGGACAUCAAGGACAUUCACAAGGACAAAGCUCCAGCGACAGACUUUGUGGAUCUGGAGAAGAACGAGCCUCUGGACGUUGCUCUGGCCCGAGACGGUAUUUUGAGCGGCGUGGAAGACCAUCCUUCCGAGGGUGCUGUUCAAGGUACCACCACCAUUUUGCAUCCCACUCACACCCCCUGCAAUGAUGAGGUGUGUCUGGACGACCCUCUUCAACGGGCCACCAUUGUGGAGGGUUCCCUGGAACGUCAGGACACUUCUCGAUCACGACGCAGCAGCCGGGGCUCGCUCACGUCGUUCCGACUGGGACGACGGGACUCCAAGGACGGGACUCCUACCCCUGGUCCCUCAGAGUCCGACAUUCCUGAAGAGACUCCUGCCGAGAAGCGGCGACGAAUGAGUGCUCUGGGUCUAGGCAACUCUGCCAAGGACGACGAUGAUGAGGAGGAGCAGACUGUUGUGCAUCCCAUUCGGGAGGAUGAGGAGGACGCUCCUCGGAUUAUGUGGGGCGAUACGGUGAGAGGAUAG